CUUAGCUCCAUAAAAACGAAGCCUCUUGAUCACCCUACCUACCCUACCUCCUUACAGAGCAGAUGGCUAGCUCCAGCUCACCGGAUUACAAGACACUGUUUCUAAAGGCGGAGGAAGAACGAAGGCGAGAAACGGACCUGAGGAGACAAGCAGAGGAGGAGCGGAGGCGGGAAGCGGAGUUGAGGGUACAGGCCGAGGAAGAACGAGAACAGGAAAAGGAACGAACACGACCCACAACCUUUCGGGAACUCCUUCAUCACUGCCAUACCCUUUUCUCGCUGCCUUUACAAGCCGCAUCCCCGUCCCAAUCCACAACCGGAAAGAUCCCGCCGCCCACAGGGAAAUGCUGUCCGUUACGACUUCAGCCUUGGAAAGACUGUGCCGCCAGGCAACAGGAGGUCUUCCGCUCUGUUUGCACCUAUCUAGAACCUCCAGGGGAGGCUGCGGCACAGCUGUUCCCGCCUCGUCUUGAGCUGGAAGGUUUUGGGAAACGUUUUAAUAAAAGGGCACUAAGCAGUGAACAAGAUCUAGAGAGCUAUGAACGAUUUGGUGUGGAGGACCAUGUCCAUGAUAUUAUCGCUGAGCUCUGCAAGAUACCGGCUGCUCGAGAUGAAUUUGGCCUGGGUGAUGGAGUCUGGUUUGACAAUCAUGCGAACGCUCUCGAUCCCAUCGAAGCCAAUGACUCUCAAUUGGACGGGGCGACAAGUUCCAGGCGUUCCCGACCGGAUCAGUUCUGUAUUCACCGAGUUGAUGGAGAUAACAAUACCCUCUUGACGACAGUCGAGUAUAAGCCACCUCAUAAGCUAUCUGUUGAGAACCUUCGUGCAGGACUGCAACCGAUGAAUUUUUGGGAAGAGAUAGUCCAGCCUGAUUCCGUCCCCACUGAAGAGCCUACGAAAUUGAAAUAUAAUGCGGCCUGGCUGACAGGAUCCGCUGUGACCCAAGAGUACCAUGUGAUGAUUCAGGAAGGGCUCGAGUACUCCUAUUUGACUAAUGGAUUUGCGUUGGUUCUGCUACAUGUCCCCUAUGAUGAACCGAGUACCCUAUACUACCAUCUAUGUGAGCCAAACAUGGAGAUUGAUCCUGAUGAUAACUGCAGCUUCGAGCAGCCAUUGACAGCUAUUGCGCGGGUGUUGUGUUUGUGUCUAAUGAGCUUCGGCGCGCGAUUUCGCGAUCAGGCGUGGCGAAAUAAUGCACGGGCACAGCUGCCGCUCUGGAAGACAAGUUUUGAUCACACCCGCUCCCAAAUCCCGGAAAGAGAAUUACGACAGAACCCACCAGGCUCAGAAUAUAGUCCCUCGGGUAGCUCCGCGCGCACUGUCUCGGAGUAUCUCCCGUCAUCCUCGCCUGUUGAAUCUCCUACACAGCGCCGUCGAAUGCCGACGCGGUCUCGAGCUCAGUGUGCGCCAAAUAUGAUAGACUCCACUGACUCCCCUGAUUCCGAUAUGGACCCUGCUCCCGGUGGGCGGAAGCGUGGCUUCAGCCAGGUCACAUCGUCUCCAUCAUCUCCAUCGGUGCAACGAUCGGCACGUCAGACGGGGUCCCGACAUAAUGAAAGCGGCCGGUAUCAACACAGCGCUCAAUUUUGUACCCAGCGAUGUCUACUUGGCCUACAACAAGGAGGCCAGCUAGAUGAUCAUUGCCCAAAUGUUAUGCUCCAUCGGCAGGGUAGAAGUAGCAGCCAACACCUGAUCGACACCAAGAGUUUGGUUCAGCAGAUCAAACAGCAGCUGGAUCAGAAUCUUGACCGCGACUGCACGCCGAUAGGAGCCUGUGGAGCCUGUGGAGCAUCUGGAGCACCGUUCAAGAUCACCUGCACUGCGUAUGGGUAUACAGUUGUCGGUAAAGGGACUACGUCCUAUCUCUGGAACGAGGUGAAACGUGAAGCAGAUAUUUACCGCAUACUUUGGCAAGCACAAGGGUCUGCAGUCCCUGUUUUUCUCGGUGCAAUCGACCUGGCCAAAAUCUACUUCCUACAUGGAGCUGGAGAGAUCCGCCAUAUGUUACUUAUGGCUUGGGGUGGUGAACCCAUCAGUAAGAUGAAACAUGUAGAGGCAAUCAGGCAUGAAGUUUUGCGUUCUCAAAAGACGAUUCGUUCAUUCGGGAUUUUGCAUCAGGACCUUCGGCCAGAUAAUAUUCUAUGGAACGCUGAACUAGGUCGGGUCUUGAUUAUCGACUUUCAUCGUUCGCAAUUGGAUGUACGACUGACCAAAAAGCGAAAGAUAUUACGCGAGCAGCUCUCGUAUGGGGCAGAGGAACACCAGCGAAAACGACUUCGCGUCGGCUACAAAUGAGAUUCAACGGGAACUUAUGCCGUGGAGUGACUUACUUUGGAGUGGACCCUGCUUGGAGACGGUGGGCAGCUUCGAACAACCAAUAGCAGCCGGGCAUACACUAAUUCAUUAAAAUAGAAUAACAACAGUCGCAUUUCAAAAACAGCAAAGACCAACAAUCCAACAAUACUA